GGUAGGGGCUGGUUUGGUUUUAGAAUGGAUGUUUCGUUCGGCGCGCGGCGCCAUUUCGUCACGAAAGAUGUUGGAAGCGUGUGUAUUUGGGGCGUAUUAAUACGAUUAUUGUACUUUUUACGCCAUUUGAAGACUCCAACAGCUGUCUGCUAAUAUUGGUAGAUAAACUGUAUUCGACAUGUCCCUACGUGUCGUGUAUGACAACCAAAUGCUGGUACCUAGAGAAGAAAUGGUUCCAGCAUUAAUCAUAAACCCCCACAAUCCCCCACCAUGGCUACAGAACAGCCCCGUGCAACCACAAAUCAUCUACAUACAACAACAGCAACAAAAUUACGUACAACAAGUUCAACAAUUAGACCAAAACCAAGUCUACAUCCAACAAUAUGGCUACCAAAACCCUCAAAUGUUCAUCCCCAAUUACGAACAAAUACGGCCCAUACAAAUUGUCCCCAAUGUUAUGCAAGUACCCGCAAACGCAGAAUAUUCCAACGAACGAAUGGUGCAAACCAUGCCACAGACCUUCGCACCCACACAGACGAACGUACAAAAUCAAAUGCCAAUACAAAACAUACAGAAUCCAGUGAACACGAUGACGAUGCCAAUCCAGAGCCAACAGUUACCUGAAAGAAUUGAAAAUCCACACACACAAGUGCGAUUUGCAGAUGUUAGAGUACCCAACGUUAUACAAAUGAGACCGGCAGAACCCGUCAGACAGAUGCAACCCAAUCAAAUACAAGUGCCCAGACCGGAAACCCAAUUUCGACCGAACGCGCGAAUGAUACGACCGCAAAUACCGACAACAGCGGUUCAUCGACGACCAGUCUUAAAUAGUAAUAUAGUUCGAACCCCACGGUUUGCGUAUAGACCUAUACAACCUAGACUGCGAACCCAAAUCCCGGUACAAAAGCGAUUUGUACAAUCUACCAGCAUGCCAAAUGUCAUUAACGUAACCAAUAUGGGCCCAACUCCUGUAAAUACAAUGGAGACCGUCAAUAGAAAACGCAAGAGCGAAUCACCUGAUGAAAUACAAAAGAAAUUAAAUAUACUAGCUAUUAAUAACAGUCCUAUAUUAUUAGGACAACUAGCGAACCCUACUAUACAAAACGAAAUCAAAACUGAAAAACCUCCGAUACCUGUUGCAAUAACAAAUAAUUCAGUCAGUACACAAGUAAAAAAGAUUGAUCUGGAUACAUCACAAACAAAUUCAACGCAUGGAUUGGUCAAUCAGAUCAAUUUAGCGCAAAGUCUACUGGAUAAAGAAAAAUUAGUAAGAAACACUGUAUUUACCCAAGCUAGAGGUAGAAUAUUAAACGUUAAAAACGAAACAAAACCCGAAAAUGUGACCAUUGACGUACAAACAGACGAAAUUAUGAAACAAACUACCGAAGAAACAAAGACAGUAGAAACAAAUGUUAAAGAAAACAAAGAUAUAAACAAAGUGGAAAUAGAUGAAAAUAUACGAAAUGUUAAUAAAGGGAUCAACAACAGAAGUGAAACGACAGAAGAUAUGAAAUUAACGGACAAGGAUUAUAUUCUAACUCACGUGCUAGACGGUUUUGUUAUUCAAGAAUCUAAUGUUGCUUUCCCGAUAAGAAAACCACUAGUGGAGAAGACAAUAAGGCUAAGUUCAGAGACAAAAGAAUUAAUUCCAAAUGCUGAAGAUAUCGCGGAUAAAGAUUUAGAAGACCACAUACCUUCUGUAGCCAUUGUAGUGGAUAGAAGUAAGAAAUUAGACGAGAAAGAAAAUGAUGUUGAUAGCGGCAAUCCAUUUAGAAAUCUAACUCCAGCAACCAUCAAAACAUGGACGGUGGAACAGCUAACAAAACAUCUUGAUGACAGAGGCUGGCCAGAUACCUCAGCAGCAUUUUUCGAACAUGAAAUUGAUGGCGAGUCACUACUCUUAGUGUCCAAAUCACAAUUACUGACCAUAGGAGUAAAGGAACAUCAAGCUGAUAUAAUUAUGGAGUUCAUGAGUAGAUAACAUGAUUUAAAACAAAUAAAAUACUAGCUAGGCUAGCUAGGCUAGGCUUUAUUCUACAAAGCCUUUUUCUAUUCCAUAAUAAAUCUGAAUAAGCUUUCAGAAAUUUCGCUUGAAAGAGCAAUAAAACAAAAUAAAUUUAUAGAUUCAAUAUAGUAUGAUAGGAUUUUGAAGAUUGUUUUUUCAGGGAGAUUUCACCUAUGUGGACAGUAAUAGUGUAGGUAUAUUGAAAUGGUCUUCAAUGUGUAAAUGUAAAAACUGGGUUAGGAAAUUGGGAAAGUAAGAUGUGCUAAGGUAAACUUGGAAGUGAUAAAUAGUUCAGAAAAGGAAAUGUAUAUAUAGAAAAAAUUAUUGCCAAAUGUGUUGGACAGCUCGAGAACGGCUCUACCAAUUGGGUAUUUUUAUAAAUUUUUAAAAAGGAAGCUUCUUCUAGGGUAAACCAUACCACGGGCGCAACCGGUAGCGGACCGUGUUUUAUAAAUUGUAAAAGGGUACAACAGCAUGUUUAGCUAUAGUUAUGAGGUGAAAGAAAUAAUCAUAUUUGUUUUAGUAUUAUAUCGUCUUCCCGUUUGGAAUAUUUUAUUAAAUAUUGUGAUGCAAUUUUUUUUAAGUUUCUAGACUUGUCUUUGAGUUAAGAUUAUUUUUAGGAAAGGUACUAAGAUGAUGUAGAUGUAGUAGCAUUGACA